GUAAAGCCUACGGCUAGCCCGACUGAAAAUGUCUUUGCGACAAGUAUUGCGCCAUAUUUGCAUGUGUUACAGAAUUCACUAGGCUGAACUUGAUGUAAAGUGGUUUAGGCAAGUCAUCAUUUUGUUUAACUUACCUUUUUCAUUUUCUUUUUUAGCCAGUUACUAUUCCAUGUGUACAGGGUGGAAUUCUAAAGUUGAGCCUGGUUCUUUAUUUUUGCGUUUGAAUGCUUCUAGUAGUUACCAAUAUAUCAGAAGCCCUCUGUACCCAGACAAAUACCCUAGCAAUUUGUACUGCCGUUGGCAUAUCACUGCCUCGUCAAGCUCCAAGAGAAUCAAAGCUGAAGUGACUGACUUGAAGAUCAGUAACAAGGUUUUAUUUUCAUGCACAAACCAACCACGUUUGACAGAUGCCUURGAAAUCAAAGGUGGUGAUAAUUCUGCUCGUUAUUGUGACCUUGWCAAUGACAAAUCUAAAACAGUGAUAUCAUCAGGUCAGCAUAUGACGGUUGUGUUCAGAACCAAUGCCUAUAACUUCUUUAGGAAAAAUACAGCUGGCUUUGAAGUGAGGUUCGUAGAGUUAAGCCAUGCCUCUAUCUUAAAGUUUGGUGUUGGAAUUAUCAUGMUUUCUCAGUCUUUGAUACAAAUGAUUUGAUUAUGUCCUGUCAUUCCUGUUCAUCAUGGCUCUGCUCUGCUUGAUAGAAAACAAAGCAAAGAGAAAACAAAUACCUUGAAAAUAAUGUAUUCAAAUAUUCAGUGAUAUAUGUUUUUAAAGCAGUUUUGUCAAUAUUUGUACACUUACCAGAAYGCUUUACACUGAUGACAAAAAAAUCAUGGCGUUGGCUGGUGGGCUGCAUGAGCUCCCAAUAAAAUAUUCUUCGAAAAUACAUAAAACAAUUAGCCAUCAAAGUGCGGUUCCAAUGUACCAACAAGCCAAAUGACCACCAAAAUAGUAAAAAAAAAAGUAAAAAGAAAAUAGUAAAAAAAGAUGUUGUGCCCCCCGCAUAUCACCCAUAUCAUACAGGCUUUGAAACUUGAGUUUACAAUAGUGUCUCCCCAGAAUUUUAUCAUGCAAAGCCGUUUAAUGACGUUAUACAAUACUAUAAAUAAAUGUCUUGUUGAAUC